AUGGAGUUGAGCUGCCAUGAAGUACCUCUUUAUGGACAGGUGGCUAUACAUGCAAAAUUUGACAAAGACAUUUACCUCCCAGAGGAUGCUGAGUUCUACUUUGUUUAUGAUGGGUCCCUGAACAGGCACAUAAUGUUUGCUGAGCGAGUUAGUGACAACACUCUUCGGUCCAUUGUUCCAGGCCAUGGAUGCCAAGAGGCAAUUUCUGUCUCUGUGUUAAUGUACACAAGGGGAUACUCACCUGUGGUUCUUGGCAGCUGUCCCGUCACUUACAGAGAGAAUCUGUCUUGCAAGUUGUCUCGCUUUCUGGUCAAUCAUGCAGAAUGUGUCACUACUGCUGGUCACAAGAUGUUACUGGACACAUUUGGCCUGAGGAUAAAAGAUCUGCAAUCCUUAGAUAACAAUUUGGUGAUGGCUGUUGCUCAUGAAGAAUUGCCAUCAACCUGGAACAUCAUUGGAGGUGGCUUAGAAGGUGAGCCUAAAUGUAAAGAAGCCCUUCUCCACCUUGUGAUGAAAUUGGGAUUGGUUAAGCUUUCCCAGUUCUUAGCAGCCCAGCCUGGAGGGUCAUUAGCAUUGGCAUUACCUAAUGAGGAUGGAGCAACACCAUUAGAUUUGGCUUUACAAAAUGGGCACGCCAGACUUGUUGACUUCUUCACAAAUUUCCAGGGCCGUCACUCAGUUGACAUUUCAGAAGUGGAGAUCAGCGAGGGUGCUUGCGUGCAGUUUGUUCAUUCAUCAGGAGCUCUGACGCUGACAUUUAGCCAGACUGCACAGCACUUGCUGGAGUCGGACAUUAAGCUUUUCAGAAAAUACUUCUGGGACAGACCUCUUCUUUACCAGAGUAUUAAUUCAAACCAAGUUGAGGCAGUGGAAUGUCGAGAAAUGCCCUGCAGUACAGUGAGCUCCGUAGAAGGUCCUGCGAACUUGGCAUCUGAAAAAUUGUCCCAGGAUGAUACGAAGCCUUUCCAAGAGUCUGUGGUUCCUUAUAAAGAAAAUGAAGAUCAUGUCCUGCUGGGCAUAGAGCAGAGACACUCUACCCUUGAUAUUCUCAGGAAACUCAAGGCUCCACCUGCUUUGUUUGCUGCAAACAGACUUCCUGCCAUGCUGAGUGGAAGUGAUGAAGUAUAUGCAAACUGCAUGGUAGUACACCAAGCUGGAGAUUUAAGGACUUGCAACAUUCAUGAAGAUGGUGUCAGCAGUGAAAUUAGUCUGAAUCCUACCAACUCAAUCCCAAGAGCUAAGAGCUCUUCUUCUCCCUCCCUUGAGGAGGAUGACCAGUAUAUACAUGUUCCAAAAGAAGGAAAUAAAAGGCCAGAGAAAUGUGGAGAAAAUGCAGGUUUAAAAAGUACUGUUUCACCUUCCAAUCCAUAUGGAGCAGAUUCAUAUCUUCCAUUCAAGACCCAUGGAUUUAUUAAGGGUUGGAGCCAACUUUAUGCUGACAUGAAAAGAAGGAGUUCAAGUCUUGAUGACCUUGAAAUAGAUGAUGGAAGUGGAGAUGUUUCAAGCAGAUCCCAUGUUCACUACCCUCCUCUCGGCUCUUCAGAGACCAUGGCUUGUAGCAGAGAUGGAUUAGACUUACCUCCCAGUCUGCAGCCCAAGGAAUGCAUAGUGUAUGGGAUUCGGGCACGCUCCUAUUCCUGCUCCUCAUCCAAAGGUUCAUUAGGAAGACCUCACAUUCCUCGGGACUUCACAGCUGGGCAUCCGAGUGAAGAUGGUGUGUUCAUGAACGGUGUUCGAUCUCUCCUUCAGGCUCUUUUGCGCUCUAAGUUAGUGUCUCUUCUCCACCCGUGCAAGCGAGCGUACAGUCUGCCUGAGCAGUCCCCGGAGAAAAGGAUUCAGGAAGAAGAAUGGAAUAACUAUAUUGUACCCUCAAAAAAUGAGUCUGAAAAAUAUAAAGUGAGUCGUACUUUCAGCUUUCUGAUGAACAGAAUGACCAGCACACGGAAUAAGUGCAAGACAAAAAAUAAAGAUACCAAAGAUAAAGAGAAACUGAACAGACACAAUUUUACAAAUGGGACCUUUUCAGGAGUUAUUUCAUGUAUGGCCUGUGAAAAAGCCCUCCUAGGAAAAGAGUCAUUGCAGUGCUCUCAUUGCAACAUGAUUGUGCAUAAGAGCUGCAAGGAGGGUGCUCCUGUGUGCACCAAGAAAUCCCAGGAGAGGUACCAUAAUAAAACCAAACCCAAAGCUGGUGCAACAAAUUCGCUGCCUGGAGACAUUUCACAGAUGGUGCUCUCCUCGGUGCAUCCUUCUUCCUCUGUGCCUAUUGGACUGUCUGUUGGAAGGAGGGAAGUCUCACAACAGUCCCACUUCUUGUCUAAAAGUGUCCCCAGUGCUAGUUUUGAAAGAAGAUCUGUGCCAUUUUCUGAACAAGAUUCUGAGGAUAGCACCUGGAGGUCCAAGUCACGCUCUGAAGAGAUGUUACAAGCAUUAAGGACCUUCACUUCAAUGGAUUCUUUUAUGAUGGAAGAUGAUGUGGAUUUGUCUCAGUGGACUGAUCUCUGCACAGAUGCACAAGAGUUUGAGGCAGAGUCCUGGAGUCUUGUUGUGGAUCCAGUGUUCUGCAGCAAGCAAGAAAAGGAUGUCAUCAAGAGACAGGAUGUAAUUUUUGAGCUGAUGCAAACAGAAGUGCAUCACAUCCAUACCCUCUUCAUUAUGUCUGAAAUAUUCAGGAAAGGGAUGAAGGAAGAACUGCAGCUGGACCACAGCACAGUGGACAGAAUAUUCCCUUGCUUGGAUGAGCUUCUGGAGAUGCACAGGCAAUUCUUCUGCAGAAUGAAGGAGAGACGGCAAGAAUCACGUGAAGCAGGGAACGAACGUAAUUUUGUCAUCAGCAGAAUUGGAGACAUCCUUGUGCAGCAGUUUUCAGAGGAAAAUGCAACUAAAAUGAAGGAAAUAUACGGGCAAUUUUGCAGCCAUCAGAAAGAAGCUGUUAAUCUCUUCAAAGAGUUGCAACAAAACAAGAAGUUCCAGAAUUUUAUUAAACUGAGAAAUAGUAACCUAUUGGCACGGCGCCGUGGAAUUCCGGAGUGUAUUUUGCUUGUCACCCAGCGAAUCACCAAAUACCCUGUUCUGGUUGAAAGGAUAUUGCAAUACUCAAAAGAAGGAACAGAAGAACAUGAAGACCUGUGCAAAGCUCUUUGUCUAGUUAAGGACAUGAUUGCAGCAGUAGAUUUGAAAGUGAAUGAGUAUGAGAAAAAGCAAAAGCUGUUGGAAAUUCUCAGUAGAACUGAAAACAAAACAUACACAAAACUGAAAAAUGGCCAUGUUUUCAGGAAGCAAGACUUGGUGCGGAAAGAGAGGAUUCUUCUGCAUGAAGGCUUAGUGUACUGGAAGACAGCAACUGGUCGUUUCAAAGACACCUUAGCUCUGCUUCUGACUGAUGUUCUACUGUUCUUACAUGAAAAAGAUCAAAAAUACAUCUUUGCAGCUGUUGACCAGAAGCCUUCUGUUAUCUCUCUUCAGAGGCUCAUAGUAAGAGAAGUAGCCAACGAAGAAAGGGGGAUGUUUCUGAUUAGUGCUUCAUCUGCAGGGCCUGAGAUGUAUGAAGUUCAUACCAACUCUAAAGAGGAACGUAACAACUGGAUGAGGCAUAUUCAAGAUGCAGUGGAAAGUUGUCCAGAGGAAGAAGAAGAAAGAAAAAUGAAUGAAUCUGAUGAGGACAGACAUGUCACUGAAGCCAAAGCAUCCAGAAUUCAGAAAUAUCAAGAAUCAUUGAGUAACCAGGAUCAGCAGAUCUGUAGUUAUCUGGAAGAGAAGUUGUGUAUCUAUGCAGAACUGGGAGAUAUGAGUGGGUUUGCAGAUGUUCAUGUAGAACCUCGUCUCCUUAUCAAACCUGAUUCUGGAGAAACUCCACAGGCAGCUUCACUGCUGGCAGCAGCACUCAGAGAAGUUGAAAGUCUCCAUGUUGCUGUAACAACAUCACAAGUGAGCGAAACAGACCAAUCACCAGAGGAAAGUAUUGAAGAAUUAAGUGUGAAACAGAGAUUUAGUGCCAAUGAACUCUUGGAAUCUGUUCCUGGUGAUGCAGAAAUAAAAGAAGUUGAAGAAUCAUCUGAAGUCGAUGUCAGUGUUGAGAAGGAAAUGGCAGGUGCCAAUCUAGAGGCUAAGGGAGGAAGUAUGCAUUUCCUAGGAUCUACAGGUACAGAGAUUGUGCAAGCAAUCCAGAACUUAACCCGUCUCUUGUACAGCAUACAGGCAGCAUUAGCUAUCCAGGACAGCCAUAGGGAGCUCCAUAGGCUACUCCUGCAAGAGAGUGAGAAGGCUGGUCGGGGCCACGGUUCUCGGCUAAACCUCCUUCUGGAACAAGAAAAAUACCGGAAUCUGGAAAAACAAAAGGUGGAGCUGGCCAACACACACAAACUGAAGGAGGAGCGGCUGGAGAGGAGCCGGCAGGCACUGGCGCUGCAGCUGCAGGAGUACCAGCAGAGCCUGGAGAGGCUCCAGGAUGGCCAGAAAAUGGUGGAGAGAGAACGAGACAGAGUGAAAAUGCAGCUUCUCUGGCACUGGAAGCAUGGUCAACGCAGUAACCUGUUGUCAUCCAGCGGUAGCUAUGAGAUAGUGGGACACAAUCAAUCAGACAGCAUAUGCGGCGAAAAUACAUUCUACUUAAAUGAAGCUGUAGUGUGUUUGUCUCUAAGCAGUCUCAACAGAUCAGAUUCUUCUCUUGUUUUUGAGGAUGGUGUUUAUGGGCUGAACAUCUCAAAUUCUGAUGUAGCAAGGACUAGCAAAAAUCAAGUGGACUUCAAAAUGGACACUUCUUGUCAGCCAACGUUAGCCAAUGCACUGUGGAAAUCCACUGGUCCUUACCAGCAGAUGUCUUUUUCCUGCGAAAGCAACAAGGAUGCUUUUAAUAAUGAUCUGAAUGCAUCACAGACCCAGAGUCCCCAGACAAACAUUCCAAACCAGGGAUUCAUCCAGCUGCCACAGGUAGAUACAGAGCUGCUGAACAACCAGCCUGAGAACCUGCAGGAUGCAGAAUGUAGAGUCAGAGGAGAGGAAAAGAUUGUUUACCUCUGA